AGAGAAAACAUGUCCAACGAGUCUGAGAAGAAGCCAGAGUUCGGUGCCUCGGGCAGAAAGAUAAUUUAUGACAAGGACGGGAAACCAUGUCGUUCUUGUAACACUUUACUAGAUUUCAAAAUGGCAAACUUUGGAACAAAGGCCAAAACGGCCGGUGCUGCUGCUGUUGGCUCUGCUGCCAUAGGUGCCGGUGCUGCUGCUGCUACUUCAUCUUCCAAAACGGAGUCAUCAGUAUACCCAAAAGAUUGUCCUCCAGAUGUGACACAACUUGGUCGUUCAACUUGGACUUUCUUACAUUCAGUAGCUGCUUCAUACCCUGAAAAACCAACUGAAUCUCAACAAACAAAUAUGGUUCAGUUCUUGAACAUAUUUGCUAAAAUUUACCCAUGUUGGUUCUGUGCAAAAGAUUUUGAAAAUUAUAUAUCAAAACCUGAAACAAAACCAAAAGUUACAAAUCAAGAAGAGUUUGGUAAAUGGUUAUGUGAUGCUCAUAAUGAAGUUAAUGUUAAAUUAGGGAAACCAAAAUUCGAUUGUAAUCUCUGGAAACAAAGAUGGAGAGAUGGUUGGGAUGAUGGAAGUUGUGAUUAA